AUGGGAGCGCGCUGGGCGCUGGUCCUGGCUGGGAUGUCUGUUCUCAUCCCGGCUGGGAUCCCGGCUCUGAUCCCGGCUGUGGUCCCGGCUCUGAUCCCUGUUCUGAUGCCAGCGCUGACCGACGCCGCGGCCGGGCGGGAAUAUUCAUUGCCUUAUACACCACACUUUGCACAAUGCAACAAUCCCAGGACUGAAUUCUAUGAUGAGGAACUUAAUAAAUGUUGCAGCCAGUGCCCUCCAGGUCAGUACAGGACAGGGAGCUGCAGUCACACUGUGGACACCAAGUGCAGCCCCUGCAGACCUAAGACGUACACAGCGAUCUGGAAUCAUUCUCCACAGUGCUUUGCCUGCUCACCACCCUGCAGGAAAGGGCUUGUACAGAAUCAAACGUGCACGAGGUCCCAGGACAGGAUCUGUAGCUGCCCACCCCACAAGUACUGCGUUUCCAAGCUAGACGAGUACUGCGAGGUCUGUAGAGCACACAGAAAAUGUGGCAAAGGUUACCGGGUUUCCAGGAGAGGGACAGCCAGCACAGACACAGAAUGCAAACCUUGUCCUCCUGGCACGUUCUCCCCUGAGGAAUCCUACAACACCAGCUGCAUACCCCACACCGUUUGUAAAUCAGUGGCUGUUCCUGGCAACAGCAGGAAUGACACUGUUUGCAGUGACUCAGGAACAGCCACAGAUCUGUCUCACACCAUUCUGACCCUACUCCUGACCCAAAGCUCAGAUUCCCACAAACCUGAAAUAAUAACUCGACCUGCUGUAUUAAACUCUGUACCUGACCUGUCCCACAUCACUGGAGCAGUAGCAGGGCCAUUGUUAUUGGUCCUGAUAAUUGCUGUUUUGGGGUAUUGCUUAGUCUCAAAAAAGAAAGCCCUUGGGUACUCUGCACCAGCAACAGAAGCAGAUUUGCCUUUUCUGCCUCCAGAAAAACAGUGUGACAAAAAAGUGAGAGACACAGAAUUGCAGAACUCCAGGAGUUCUGAACAGGAGCAACAGCAUCUCUUGGAAGCUUCUGGGUCCAGCAGUAGCAUCCUGAAUAAUCCAACUGAAUCUGCAAGCAUCAGUGCAUUAAAUAAAAACAAUCAUGAGAAGAAAAACUCAGGAGGAUUUCAGCAGCAACAUUCACCUCCAGAAGGUUCUAAACUUCAGGCUGGAGACAGACACAGCUCUCUGAGUUCAGAACAUUCUGGUAACGGAGGAACACAGAUGAAUGUGAUGUGCAUAGUUAAAUUUUGUAACCCAGACUGCAGCUCCCAGUGCCCUGAGCACACUGGUUCACCUGGCAGGGAUUAUGGACACACUCCCUGUUAUUCCCCAACAGAGGAAGAAACCCUCCUUUCAAAAGAAGAAAAUACCUUGAAAAAAGAAACUGAAAUUCGCAUUGCAGUGGAAAAUGAGGAUAAUUUACUUCAAGACUUACUUCCAGAAGAAAAGAAGGUUCCUCUGGGUAUUGAAGAUGCUGGGAUGAAAACCAGUUAAAGGAAAUUACAGAUCAUAUCCUGAUUGACUGAUGAAAUUCACUGAACAAUGUCUUAUCUUAUAAAACAAGAUUAUGGUAAAUGUAGCUUUCUUACACAUUUGAAAUUUCACAUUAAUAUAGACACUGAUGCUUUUAAGGUUUUUAGUCUUCUGUUGCUUUGCAGUUUAAAAGAAAAAAAAAAAGAAAAAGCAAACUUUUUAAAAUUGAAUGGCAACUCCUUCCUUUCUUCUGUGAUACCCUAAAAGGACCUUUAUGAGACUUGAAAAGGAAAUGUUUUUUGAACUUUGUUUUAGAAGUAAAACCUGGAUUGAACUGUUGUUAUCUUGGAGUAGGAAGUAAGUUCCUUUUGUUGUCACCUUUGUGUCCUGGCUGAUGUAACGUUUCCCCAAUUGAUCCUGACUUCAUUUUUGAGGUAAAGCAUAAAUCCAAAAUAUUUUCCCUGUGUUCAGUGAGUAUUAGAGCAGAUCCCUGUGAUUAUCUUUACCAGAUAGCUCACUGCCCUCAGGCAGAGCAUCAUCUGUAACAAAUGGAAUUUACUCAAACCUCAGAACCUGAAAAUCCUGCUCUCCUUCACUGCUUGAUGAGCUCCAACCACCUCUUACAGAAAAUUAGUGGAGAUUCUCUUUGAAUGAAAUGGUUUGGAAGCCAGUAUUUAGGAACCCACUUCCUAUAAUUAUAUUUUACAUCUGUGACUUACCUGUCAAUUGUGGUGGCUGUGUUCAACUGGAAUCUGCAAUCCAGAGUCUGAAUCCCAUGGGAGUGAAGUCAUACAGUGACCCAUAACCCUUGUCUUAUGCCAUAAAAACCACUGCUGGACUAUGUGAUCACUGUACUUCCCACUGAACUGUCCUAAUCUAUCUCAAGAUAGACACAGUGGUUAUUUCUGCACCCUGAAAUGCAAAAGGAUCUUUUGGAAUAACAUUUAUUCUGUUGGUACAAAAGAGUAUUCAGAUUCUGACAACACAAAUUUUAAACUUCCACAAAAGGUAUGAUAUUAUGUGAGCUGUUAUUAUUUCUGGAACUGAGAGCUGACAAACAGGUCUGUAGUAAAGUUACACUUGAAGGUAAUUUUUAGGAAAGAGUUCGAAAAUGGGCACACUGAAACUACUACAGAACUGAAGGAUUUAGGCAAGAAUCUCAUUUUUCACAGCUCUUUGAACCUCUUGCACUGUAAUAUUUCUGUCAGCCAGUUUUUUUCUCCAUCAGGUCCCAUCAGAUUUUUUGAUUUUUGAAGUUUAAAACAUUACAAUGGAGGAUCCUGUUACAGUAGUUAAUUUGCUGAGGGAAAUCACAGAGGGAAAAUCCAAGUUUUAUGCUGAAGUAGGAAAAAUGAGCUUGCGUUUGUUUAUAAAAAGUAAAAAAACAAAAACCAAACCCCCC